CACCAUUUUCUUUCUUGUUUUUUUCGGUUGAGUACAUCACCACGUUGGUGGAGAUAUACCAAGUUCACCAGUUUCUUUAAGAUAGGUUGAGCUAGGCUCGCGAUUCACUGCCAUUUUUUUGUUUUCUAUUUAGUACAAUAGUAUGUGGGGGCUUUACUCUGAUUCAACCAACUGUAUGCCCUUUAAGUUAAACAGUAUAUGCAUAUGUUAAUGAAGCAUCUGAAACAUGGGUUUCUAUGUCACAUCCAAGCGAUCAAAUCUGGGUUUACGCCCACCAUUUUCACAUCGAACCAACUCAUAAGCUUAUACGCGAAACAUGGUCAUCUUAGAAAUGCCCAGAAACUUUUCGACGAAAUGCCUGAACGAAAUGUCUUCUCAUGGAAUGCGAUAAUAGCAGCGUAUAUCAAGUCUCACAACUUGGGACAGGCGCGGGCAUUAUUUGACUCGGCGUCCUACAGAGAUUUGGUUACUUACAACUCCAUGUUAUCUGGUUAUGUUAGCUCUGAUGGGUAUGAAGCUCACGCACUUGAGCUUUUUGUGGAAAUGCAAACGGCCCCUGAUAUGAUUAGAAUCGAUGAGUUUACUCUGACAAUCAUGCUUAAUCUAACUGCUAAAUUAUGUGUGGUUUCUUAUGGAAAGCAGUUGCAUUCCUUUAUGUUGAAGACUGCUAACGAUUUGAGUGUGUUUGCUGCUAGUUCCCUGAUUGAUAUGUACUCUAAGUGCGGAUGUUUUAAAGAAGCCUAUAGAGUUUAUGAUGGAUGUGGUGAUGUGGUUGAUUUGGUCUCUAGAAAUGCCAUGGUGGCAGCUUGUUGUAGAGAAGGGGAGAUAGAUGUGGCUGUGGAUCUUUUCUGGAAGGAACUGGAGCGAAAUGACAAUGUGGCAUGGAACACGAUGAUUUCGGGUUUUGUUCAAAAUGGUUACGAGGAAGAGUCGUUGAAAUUAUUUGUUCGUAUGGGAGAUGAAAAUGUUAGAUGGAACGAACAUACUUUUGCCAGUGUUUUAAGUGCUUGUUCUAAUCUGAGGAGCCUGAAGCUUGGGAAGGAGGUCCAUGCUUAUGUUUUGAAGAACGGGCUGAUUGUCAAUCCAUUCAUUGGCAGUGGUCUUGUUGAUGUUUACUGCAAGUGCAAUAACAUGGAGUAUGCUGAGUCUGUUAAUGCAAAUAUGGCACGGAACGCAUACUCGAUCACUUCAAUGAUUGUUGGCUAUUCAUCUCAAGGUAACAUGGCAGAAGCCAGAAAGCUUUUUGAUUCCUUGGAUGAAAAGAAUACUGUUGUGUGGACUGCUUUGUUUUCUGGGUAUGUUAAAUUGCAGCAGUGUGAAGCAGUUUUUGAACUUUUGAGUGAAUACAGAGAGGAGGCAGCAGUACCUGAUGUGCUAAUUCUUGUCAGUAUAAUAGGUGCUUGUGCUAUACAAGCUGCUCUGGCUCCCGGGAAGCAGAUACAUGGUUACAUCCUCCGGGCGGGAGUUGAAUUGGAUAAGAAACUGGCCAGUUCAUUGGUUGAUAUGUACUCAAAAUGUGGAAGCAUCAUCUUUGCAGCAAGGAUUUUUAGACAAGUUACUGACAAGGAUUCCAUUCUUUACAACAUUAUGAUAGCUGGCUAUGCUCACCAUGGGUGGGAAAAUAAAGCAGUCCUGCUUUUCAAGGAAAUGAUGGAAAAUGGUCUAAAACCAGAUGCAGUCACUUUUGUUGCGCUACUUUCUGCAUGUCGACACUGUGGUUUGGUAGAACUAGGUGACCAUUUCUUUGAAUCUAUGACUAACGAACACAACAUGAGUCCCGAAAUCGAUCAUUACGCUUGUAUGAUUGAUUUGUACGGAAGGGCUAAUCAACUAGAGAAGGCUUUGGCAUUCAUGAAAAGUAUUCCCAUAGAGUUAGAUGCUGUCAUUUGGGGAGCAUUUCUGAAUGCUUGUAGGAUAAAUGGGAAUACUGAACUUGCAAAAGAAGCAGAAGAUGAGCUCUUGAUAAUCGAAGGAGAAAACGGAGCUCGAUAUGUGCAGUUAGCCAAUGUCUAUGCUGCAGAAGGAAACUGGGAGGAGAUGGGAAGAAUAAGGAAGAAGAUGAAAGGGAAGGAGGUUAAGAAGAAUGCUGGUUGCAGUUGGGUUUUUGUGGAAAAUAAGUUUCAUGUAUUCAUGUCUAGUGAUAGAUGCCACUCUGCAAAUGAGGCUAUAUAUUCAACCUUAGCCUCCUUGACUGAUGAGCUACUUGACAUAGAGGAAGCAUUUUGUUAAUGUCAAACUUUAAUUAUCAGU